AUGGAUCCGCCUGAGGUGUGGGAUCCUUAUAGCCGGCCGGCCCGCCGAACCCAGUGGCUGGUGAGCGCCUUGGCUUACCACUACGGGCUGGACCGGGGGGUAGAGAACGAGAUCAUCGUGCUGGCCACAGGCUUGGAUCAGUACCUGCAGGAGAUCUUCCACCACUUGGAUUGCGAAGGCGAAGGCAAGAUCCCCGGCGAGGAUUUCCAGACCCUCUGCCUGGUGCUGGGGCUGCAAGACGACGAGGGGGAGGCGGCCGCCGACCCGGAGGAAUGCGCUGGCCUCUGCGAGAACCUCUCGGCCGAGCUGACUUUCCGACAGUUCCAUGCCAAGCUGUGCGGCUACUUCAGCACUAAGGCCGGCUGCAAGCUGCCGGACCAGGGCGUCCCGGGGGUGAACAGACUACCUCUGGGCAAGGAGAGCGAACACAUCGAGACCCAGAUUCGCCUCCGCAGCCCGCUCCGCCGCCGCCGGGAGCAAGCUGCGGCGGGACGCAGGGCGGCGGGCAGAGGCUGCCCGCGGAGCAGCGGCGCCCGCUCGUGCUCCUCCUCGCCGCCCGGGUCGUGCUCCCGGGAAUGCUAUGAAGAGAUCGUGGCGCUGGAGCAAGCGGAGGAUCGCAUCGUCAAGCUGGAGGACGAGAACGCCAGCCUGCGCGAACUGGUGGAGGACAUGAGGGCGGCUUUGCAGAGCAGCGAUGCCCGGUGCUUAGCGCUCCAGGUGGGAUUGUGGAAGAGCCACGCACAGCAUAAGAAAAAUGGGACUUGCUUUAUAGGCAGCCGGAGACAACAGGUUAACAAUCGAUUUCAGACUUCCAAGUGCCUUCAGAGCGUUCUAAAAGAAGUUGAAUUAAUCCGAACUUCUAGAGAUGGACAAAUCGAAGAAGCAAUUAAGUUUAACCAAGAACUGGAGAAAGAACUAAGGAAUUCUCACGAAGCCCUCAUAGCCCUGGAAGAUUGCAACCACAGCUUAAAAAGAGAGCAGGCAGAAAUGAGGAAGAAAGUUGAAGAAGCAAGAUGUGUUAUCGUUAACAGCCUUGGAAAAGUAAAGGAGCUAGAAACUAAAGCUCAUAAAGUGUCCCAACUGCAGAUCUAUAUCCAGCAGCUAGAAUCUCAGCUACAGUAUUAUAGAUCAGAGGUCUUAAAGUGCCCAGUUCCUUCACAAAGCAACUCAGAACAGAAGACAAAUGUACCCCUGGAAGGACAAGAUAGCUUAUCACUUGCCCAGCAAGAUAGACGUUCACCAACUGGUGGUGCAGGAGUAUUGGAAAAUGUGGAAGAUCAGAUGUUUCGUUCUGUGGAAGGCCAGGCUGCAUCUGAUGAAGAGGAAGAGAAAUGGAUAGGCGACCAGCAAACCCAAAUGGCUGAAGUAAAGAAGCUCUUAGCUAGAUUUCCUUGUUGCAAUAGCGGGUGUGAUGACACAAUGCUGAAGCAUCUGUGGUCAUCCUUUGGAAACCCCAGUAGCUGUGGCCAUGAAAACUCCGUUGUGGAAUUAAUCCAACAACUCUCAAAAUUAAAAGAUGACUUUCAAAUGAAAGGGCAAGAAGAAAAAGCUCUGGAAACAAAUAUGGAAGAGACAAAAGGUCCAUUGCUGGGGGAAAUACACCAGAAUGCGGAAGAAUCUGAGCUGAUGAAGAUGGAAUUCCAGAUGUUGGAAACAGAGAGAGUAAGGCUGUCACUGGUGGAAGAAAAACUCUUGGAUGUUUUACAGCUGCUUCAGCAACUCCGGGAUCUGAACAUUUCUAAGCGUACCUUGGGGAAAAUCUUACUGAACACUUUGGAAUCCUGCUGUGACUCCCAACAUGGAAAACCACCUAUUGCUGAAGUCUUAGAUGCUCUCUACCAUGAACUGGCUGCCUGCAAACUCACCGGAAGCAAGUCUCUUGAGAAAACACCAGAACAUCAGUCUUUGUCAAGCUCUUUGGUUAUCUCCUGUUGAGCAAUAAUACCUCUGUUGUUGCUGCUGCUGUUGUUUUUCCGAUUAUCACAUGCGUUAAAAGUUUCAAAAUGCAAAAUCAUGGAGGGUUCUGCCAUCUAUGUAAUGAUCCAAUGCAAGAGAUGGAAUGAUAAAAUAAAUGGCAUAAAGAGAUAGGCAAAUGGAACAGAAAGUGCAGAACUAUUUAUAAAGACUGGCAAUGGGCCUUGAAUAGAUUUUGAAGGAUGGCUCUUAAUACAAUUAAAUAUAUCAUUUGAGAUUUGAGAACUAUGUGAGUACAACAUAUAUCUGAAACCUGAAAUAUGUUCAAUAUUUCCAAAGUCCCCCAAACUCUCAUUUAAUGUACAAAUAAAUUUUUAUCCAAUAUUUACUCCACAUGGAAUUAAGUGGCAUCUAAAAUCUCUAUUUUACCAGUAUCAUUCAUAUACCACAAGUUAGUCCAUACUUUAAUGAUCUUAACUGGGACCUAACGUCUCUAUCACUAAGCAGAAAUUGUUUAUCACAUAAACAAUCUGCUGAUGGUUAUUAAGCAAAUGGUUAUUCUGAGAGAUAUUAUAUGAAUGUGACUUUUGACUUCCUGCCGGUUUUCCCAUUGGUUUUGCUUGUUAAAGCCAGCUGGAAGGUAGCAAAUGGCAAUCACAUGACUACACAUAUGCUAAAAUAGUUAUAUGUUCAAGAACCAGUCAUAAGUCAAUUUUUCAGCACUGUCAUAACUUCCAACGGUUGCUAAACAAAUAGUUGUUAAGCAAGGACUAGCUAUAAUUUAUAUUGGUACCAAUAUGGUGAAAACCGACUCUGAAAGUUCCCAUGGUUUUCACCUAGUUAAAAAGUGAAAGUUCCCCCUUUCCCCUCAGUCAUCAGUCACAUUGUCCAAUAGAGGUGCUGGCCGGCUGCUUGGUUACUCCACUCCUCCUCUCCCCAGCUACCUGUUGAAAUCUCCUUGGUUCCCACAGGAAAACUUUUUGUUUUAACUACAAAACCACAGCUAUCUAUUUUCUCCCCUCCCUGAUCCUCUUCUGCCUUAUGGCAACCCUGAAGCCAUAAGUCAGCCAGGUCCGCUUCAGGGUUGACAGCAACAUUUAGACAUUGGCACCAAAAAGAUUACAUAUCUACAGUAAUUGUAGCUCUUUGUUUUUUAAUGGAAUCCUAACAACUUCCCACUGAAGUUAGCUGCAAAAUGGGAUCAGAAAAACAAAGAACAGAGUACUUUGGGAGAGGGUGUAAAAGAAACAGGUUGUAAUUCUUUCACACACAAAAAUCUACUCUUUGUUUUUUUUUAGUUAGUUUGGAUUGAUAGUUAUGAUAUGAAGGUAGAAAUGUUUAUCUACCACAAACCAUUCACACCCAUCUCUAUCAGCACUUUCAGAUCUUCCAUCUGUCCAUUCUUGCUUUUCAGCAAUCUGUAAAAUAGUUAUAGGUUGUUAUCACUGCAUGUACUUGGAAAAACUAUGUGUGUUAAAAAUAAUCUGGCUGAAUGAUGUAUGUAUGGCUACUUGUAAACAUAGUUUAUUUGAUUCUAGAAUUCUGUCUGCAUUUUUUUUACUGGAAAUUUACAAAUGUAGUAUAUCUUGGUAAGACCUUUUAACUAUUAUCUUCAACCCUAGUAAAAUGUAGGUGGUUAUAUUAAAAGUCACCUUGGUUUUUUAAAAAUAAUGCCAGUACAGCAAAAAAAAAAAAAAGUGUGUGUGUGUCUAUGUAAUAGGAGCCAGAUAGAAUCACAGGAAGUAUCUGGUUAUAUAUUUGAGGGUAUAUAAAGUACUUGGAUUAUUUAAAUUGUAUUCCUUCCCAUUAUGAAUCUAAAGAGCUGCAGUGGUUAGAGUUCAGUACUGUAGGCUCCUUCUGCUGACUGCUGGCUGAUUGCAAUUUGGCAGUUCGAA